AUGGAGUUGUUCAUAUCUUAAAACAUUCAAGAAUCAAAGCUAUCUUUGACAGUUCAACUUUUUGCAAACUAUCUUAGAGCCACCUCUAGAAAGAUGGUUAACCUUACCCCUCUAACCAAGAUCACUCAGCAGUCUCUCCAACUAGCUCAUUUGCCACUGCUGAUCAAGAGUACUAGUGAUGCUUAGGGAUAGGAAUAGCCAGUUCAUACUGCUAAUCCAUCCUCAAUCAUGCUUGAGAUUGCUAGAUCAGUUUAUCUAGAAGAGGUCCUCUUUGGAAAGCCAGAUUCACUAACUAGAUUAGAGAUAUUGAGUUUUAUUGAACUAUCUAUCAGACUCAGUCCAUCCGAUUUAGCCACCAUGAUUAAUGACCACCUAUCAAUGAAAAUGUUUUUAGUUGGCCAUUCAAUUACUACUGCUGAUAUUGUUGCUCUUGCACAUCUCCUUCACCACUUUAAUGAAUUGGCUGAUCAUGAAAAGUUCGCAUUACCACAUGUCUUCAGAUGGAUUGAUCACGUUCAACAUUUGCCAGGACUACUUGAGCAAGUUCAACAGCACAAUCUAUUUGUCAGCUUCCCAGAUGAGAGCAAUUCAUAGCCACCAAGCAAGAGUUAGCUUAAGAAACUUGCCAAGGCUCAAGCUUCAAAGGAAAAGAAAGUUGGAGGUGAAUCAAAGGCACCAGCUGAAAAGAAAGCUGAAGUAUAGUCCUAAACCACUAAUGCCUCUCAAAGCACUGAAGCAACCAAUAACGAGGAGAAAAAGGAAGCUCCAAAGCAAGAAAAGAAACCAAAGUAACAGCAAUAAACUAAGAAGCAACCAGCAAAGAAAGCUGCUGAGGAGGCUAUCCCAGAGAUUUCUCAAAUGGACUUCAGAGUUGGUAAGAUCGUCAAAGUUUGGGUUAAUCCUAAUUCUGAGAAACUCUAUAACGAAGAGGUAGAUAUUGGAAAUGGUGAAAUCAGAUCUAUCGCCUCAGGUCUAUAAAAGCUAGUGCCAAUCUAAGAUAUGACUGAUGCUAUGUGCAUUGUGCUCUGCAAUCUCAAGCCAAGAAAUCUUGCUGGACAUGUGUCACACGGUAUGGUUCUUUGCGCUGAAACCCCAGACAGAAAUACUGCUGAGCUACUUCAACCACCUGCUGGUGCUCAACCAGGUGAUUUAGUUACUUUUGAGGGUUAUGAGAGAAGACCUCCUGAUGCUUUAAACCCAAAGAAAAAUCCAUGGGAUGUAGUAGCUGAAAAGAUCAAAAUUGAUGAGAAUGGAGUUGCUCUCUUCGAAAGCAUCCCCUGGACUGUCACUGGAAAAGGAGUUGUCACAUCCAAAGUAAUCAAGAAUGGUGUCAUUCAUUGA